AUGAGCCACAAGAGCAAACCAAAAACACCAGGCUCUUCGCCAAAGAAACUGGUUCAAUCCAAUCAAGCCAUAAACACGGUAGACUUGAAGCUUGAAGAUGAAGAUGCUUUGAAAAGAUUAAGCAUCGUUUCACCCAAGGUCAACAAAUCUCAAGGAUCACCAUCUCGUGGGGUUUCUAAGCCGAUUUCAAACUCAAGGCUUAAGGAAAUUUCGAGAAAUUUAGAAUACAAAGGUUCUCAAUAUAGGGAUGGUAUCUCGCAAGAAAAAACAUCAACCCCUGCUUCAAGUUAUGCUACUCGCUCUGUGUCAAAUAGAGAAUCAUUGGGAUCAUCAUUGUCUCAAACCCUGGGUGCUGAAGUUUGUGGUCAAUUAAGCUCUCAGGGAGGUAAUACAUUAGGUAUUGGUGCUUCUAUUGAAAUUGGACAUACUUCAAAAGUUGCUGAAAAUGCUUAUUCUGAAAACAGCGAUGAGGCAGAUGAAGGUAGUCAAGAAGCUGAAAGUGACGAGUCUGAAAAUGAUGAGUCUGACAGCGAAUAUCAUGCUGAAGAAUCCGGGCCUGAGGGGUUUGGCGGUGAAGAAUCAGAUGUUGAAGUUGUGAAAAAUGAAGAAUCGAGCAGUGAGGCUGAUUCAGAAAGUGAGGAUUCAGAAAGUGAAGAUUUAGAAAGUGAAGAGUCAGAAAAUGAAGAGUCUUUGAAUAAAGAAACAUAUUUUGAAGCUUCAGAAGAGGGAGAUUCAAAUUGUGAAGAUUCAGAAGAGGUAGAAGAUUCAGAAGAUUCAGAAGAUGAGGAUUCAGAAGAUGCGAAUGGUGAAGAGUCAUCUAGUGAAGCAGAUAAUAGUGCAAUCAACCAGGAAAACAGUUCAUUGGAUUUGGAAAUCUCAAGAUCUGUACCUCCUACUAUAGAAGCCAAAUCAGAAGACUUUGGCGGUGAUAUCAGCAUUUAUGAUGAUAAUGUUUAUACAAAUGGUCCGUAUUCUGCUUGUGAAGUCUCAGGUGAUUCUAGUUCAGAGAAUGAGCAAAGUAUUAAAGUUGUUGGAGCUACAAGUCCAAGGGUUCAAAAGCUGAAAAUGGAGAAUGAUAUCAUUGAUGAAACUGAAUCUAGUGAAGAUGACUAUGGUGAUGGACUUGGUCAAAUUGUCAGUCAUAGAGUUAGGAUACCACCAUGGUCAUCAUAUUAUGAAACCAAGUUCUAUACAACGAGGAAUAUCAAAGAGAUUUUAUCUAUUUGCAACUCGAAUAUUUUUUUUGAAAGGGAGGACUUACAAUAUGAAUCUUUUAUUAAACAUGUUAAACUGGAUAGAAGUUUUUUUGAAGGGUUGAGAUCUGUUAUCUACAAUAAUGGUUCAUUUGGAGCUUCAGAUUUCGAGAACAAACAUAUCUAUAAAGGAUGUCGUAUUCACUUUAAAAUCCCCAGUUUUUAUAGGCACAUUAACAAGAGUGUUUGCUCUUAUUGUCUUAGAGACGGGUUUAUCAGCCCUGAAGGUCAUUAUACUGAACUUUUCAAGUGCAAACUAAGAUUUUACGAUGAAUUUGAUGAUAUUCUAGGAAUUCCAGAUGUAACAAGCUUCAAUGAGAUUACUGAAAAGAGACUUCUUCCAUUUGAAUCAUUAAGUGCUGAAAAUAUAUCAAAUGGAUUAGUUCCAAGUGAGAUGGAGGAAUUUCUCCAAGAUGGUGGUAUGUUGGACCAAUACCUCCACGACUCAACAUUUAACAUAUAUAUCAAAACAAAUAAAUUCAGCUCUGAAUUUUACUUUCCAAGGCCUUCUCAUGUUUUAGAAGGGAUUGAACGCGUUGAAAAUUUUGACUUCGGUUCUGGUUCUAGAGUUAAAUCACGCUACGAAUGA